GUGAUCGUAUCGUUUCGCCUGAGCAUCCUUCUUCCAAUUUCGGCCGUAACGGAAAAUAUGAAGCGUGCGCAGCGUAGAAAUGCCAUUAUGGAGCAGAAAUUACUGUUUCGAAAAGGAAUCUCAACAUGCAAAACACCACAGUUAUGCAAAAAUGCUAAGGCAGAAUCAUCGGAUGGAAUUGUUGAAAUGACUAUAAACGAAAUUAUUAACGGCAAAGCUGACGACGAUUUUCCCGGAUUGGUACCACUAAUACGGCAAUAUUUGGAUGGUGCUGAUGUUGAUGUAGAUACGCGUUGUACCGUGUCGCAGUAUUUAAGUUUUAUACAGAAACGAGCCUCCGGUGAAUUACAAACGCUGGCAACAUGGAUGAGGGCAUUCAUCGGUGAACAUCCGGAAUAUGGCCAUGAUUCGUUCGUGAGCGAUCGUAUCGUCUACGAUAUGCUGAAAACGGUAAGGAUAUUUGGUUAUUGGGUUCUCUGGUUUUUUGAACCCUUGCUCCUUGUCGGCAUUAAUACAUCUCACGGAGUUUCCGCUGAAUAUUUGGCCCGGAACUCGAUUCAUCUGUAUUUUUUGCAUACCAAGAACACUGAGAUUGUCCUCGGAUAA